AUGACAUCUUCUCAAGGCAAUGAUAUUUUGAAAUUUCCCAUCCUUAAUAUUCAGGAGGACAUGGACUACCCAGUCCCAUUUCAAGAUCCUUACCAAUUGGCAUUAUUUCUGCAGAACAAACAACUAUUGAUUGCAAAGAGAAAACUAGUUGUGAUCAAAGGAUCAAUCAUAAUGAAAGUUCUAACAUACGAAGAAGACAUUGUGACAGCAACGUAUACUCAUUUCUCAAAUUCUCAAGAACUAGAAGAGGUGUUGGUCGUUAGUUUGAAGAAGCAUAUUCAUGUAUACUACCCUGAUGGUAAGUCAUAUGUCUGCAGUUUACCGUUUGCAUUAAAAAACGCAUUACCCUUUGAAUCUGGAUUAGUAUUACAACGAGACCAAAAUGAGUCAUUAAUUCCCCACAACGGUGCACUCUAUAGCAAUACUUCACAUUUGAAUUCAGCAGCGAUUUUGACCUUGGUUGACCCCAUGGGCGAUUUCCGGAUUGUAGCUACUGCAUCAACAUCAGUGAUUUCAUCAAAAGAAGAAGUAAUGACUUUCCCAAGAAAAGACAUGAGUAAAGUGUGUUCCCUUUGUGUUACUUUCAAUGCUUCAGAUGGGUCUAUCAGUAUAUAUCACGUCAAAGCGCCCAGCCGAACUACUACGUUUGGCAAAACACAACUGGCAAGGAAUCAGAAACGAAGGUACGGAUCAAUCACAACACCCAAUCCAUCACGUAUUUUGGAAGAAGAGAAUGGAACUGAGCCGUUGCACUCAAUUUCACUCAAUAUGGAAAAGAAAAGAACAAGCACAUUAUUAUCUGAUAUCUCAUCUGUGGGAAGAGUGUCCAGUGACUGCCACAGUUUGUCACAAGAUUUUUCAGGGUUUAAGAAGGACAUGAUACUAUCAAGAGUCGAGAGUUUUGGAAACAAAUUGCAAAAGGACCAAUUGAGAAUUUUCAAUAUCUGGUUUGAAGAUCAAGAGGGUGUUGUAAUUUUCAACAGAAUAAAGAAGGAAUGUGCUGUUUUGAUUUAUAGAAACCCCUCGUUUAGCCGACAUUUGUCAGUUUUCAAAACUUCUUGUCUUGACUGCAUCCCCCUAACUUCCACAAAACAUGAAGGGAAUUUGAUCAUAUUGACAGAGCACCAAAAAUUUUCAAUUAUUAAUCCAUUUCUCGGCAUGAAGUCGGCUUCACAUACAUUUGGAAACAAAUUGAAAGUCCGUUCGUUGAUUGACUCAUACGAUUCCAAAUUAGCUUUGAAGUUGAUAGAUGGAUCAGAGAUGAUAAUAAAAAUAGUGUUAGAGCCAUCUUCUGAACUUGUCAAGAUGUGUUUGAUGUGUUUCCGGUAUUUAUCGGGCUCUAGUAUCAACCAUAUUAUGUGGAUGCUAUGGAGAUCGGCCUAUGUGGAAAUUAAAUAUGCCGACGAAUGGGAAGCCUUUGUCGCUGCUUUGUUGUCAUUGAUUUUCCCCUUCAGUGAAGGGGCACAGUGUGUUCAGAACGAAAUUACCAAAUUACUACCUGUGGCAAAACGUAUUCAUGAAACUUCAGAUGUUAACUAUAACUUGCAUGAUCUUAUUCCAUAUAUCACCAUUUCUUUGCAUUUAAUUCGAGAAGAAAUAAGAUUGGAUUCAACAAAAGCCAAAUGUUUAAACAAUAUCAAUUUAUUAUUAUGCCAAUUAACUACUUGGAUGGGUUGGCCAGCUCCUUGGAUCAAGUAUUAUUCAAUCAAGCCGGAGAAUAUAGAUCCAAACACUCGAUUCUUACUGGCAUUGAUUCUUGAAGCACCUCCAAACUUGUUGAGAUCUUUAGCGAGUUUAUUUACCAAUAACAUAGUAAGGUAUCUAACAUUCUCACAAUUAGUUGAAGAAACAGAAACUGUUGAUUUAUUGGUAACUCCGAGAACUUUUUACGUUUUGAAACUAUUUGAAGUUCUUGUGUCCUCACAAUAUGGGCCAAGUGCAAUUGUGAGUUUGAUGUUGGAGUUUGGCAUCACCAAAGAUUUGCUUGAAACGUAUCCCUUGGGUAUAUCCAUACCUCUAAAGGAAGCCUUGCUGAUAUGCCAAGAGAGCCCAGAGUUUGAAUGGACAUCUCAGACACUUGACUUGGUGGGUCGAAAGGACUUGAACAAACUUUUCUUGGAUGCAGAUUUUAGUGCUGAUAUCAAUACGGAACCCCAUACAAGCACUAAAGAUUUGUCAUCUUUGCUCAAUGAAGUUUUGGAAGAUAACGAAAACUUUUCUCCAUGGGAUGGACAAUCAGAAGCAGAGCGAAUGAAUAUCACAAAAUUGAUCUUUGAGGCAGACAGAAGAUAUUUUGAGAUAACAACGUUGCUACAUCAAACAAAGACCCAGACUGCUUAUCUCAAAGUAGACGAGAAUGUGACAGAAUACGAUUUGGUUUUACAACAAAGAGAGUUGGCAGUAAUAGUAGCUCUUCGUACAUUAACUAUACCAUUGGGUAGAGCUGCUUUGGUAUAUGCUAGUCGAAAUCCCUUGUUGACAGAAAAAUUCCCCAUUCCAAAAUUUAAUUUGAAUACGCUAAUAUCACCAACAAUGACAAAUAUUGUUUAUUCGGAAGAUAGAGUUCUGAAGUCUUUUUCAGAAUGGGGUCACUUCCACAAUGGUGUUUCAUCUGGGCUAAGCAUUGGGCCAUUUGCAAAGGGGAUUAGUGGUAGUUGGAUAAUUUUCAAUAAACCCCCAGAAUUGAAUGCCCAACAUGCUGGGUUUCUUUUGGGCUUGGGGUUGAACGGCCAUUUAAAACGUUUGGAAGAAUGGCACAUUUAUAACUAUCUCGGUCCUAAACAUCCACUCACUAGUAUUGGGUUGUUAAUAGGUAUGGCAGCUAGUUUGCGUGGCACCAUGGAUAACAAAUUGACAAAAGUUCUCUCUGUUCAUGCAGUGGCGCUUUUGCCGCAAGGGGCGAAUGAUUUGAACGUUCCAACAAUGGUUCAAACAGCAGGGUUAAUUGGAAUUGGUUUGUUGUAUUUAGAAAGUCAGCAUCGCAGAAUGAGCGAAGUUUUAUUGUCACAGAUCACCGCUUCGGUAUUGCAGAACGACACAGAGCAAGUCCACGAAGGGUACAGAUUAGCAGCUGGUAUUGCUCUAGGAUUCGUCAAUUUAGGUAAAGGUGAUGAUUUGAGAGGUUUAAAUGAUACCCACGUGAUUGACAAGCUAAUGGCUUUAGCUAUCGCUAUGAAGGAUUACCAUCCAGUUCAAGAAUCAGGCAAGUCAUGCUGUGGGGCCAUAAUGGCAUUGGCAUUCAUAUACUUGAAAACUGAAAAUGUGAAUGUUGCCAAUAAGCUAAAACUCCCAGAAACCGAACAAAUGCUAGAUUAUAUUCGUCCUGAUUUGUUAUUUCUACGGUGCUUGGCUAAGAAUUUGAUUAUGUGGAAUGAAAUUUCAUGUACAGAUACUUGGGUUGCCUCUCAAAUGCCAUCGUCAGUAGCUCAUAAAUACAUGUCUGGCAAUGGACAUGAAGUGGCUUUUGAGCAUCUUGAUGGUGAUCAGUUGACGUAUUUCAACGUAUUAGGUGGAGCGUGCUUGUCGAUGGCCCUAAAAUUUGCAUCUUCCCAUAAUUUGGAAGCCAGAGAUACUAUACUAAAAUAUCUUGACAAAGUAAUGCAAUUAAGUGCAAAACCCGCAUUAAACUAUGACCAGAAAAUUGCAUACAAGGGGUGUGUGAAUCUUCAAAAUAUUUUAGCACUAUGUGCUUCCGUGAUCAUGGCAGCUAGUGGUGAUUUGGAAGUUUUCCGUCGAUUAAGAGUAUUGCAUAACGAUACAAAUAAAAAAAUGGGAUUUGGGUGUUUCAUGGCUAUUAAUACGGCUUUGGGAUUUUUGUUUUUAGGUGGCGGACAGUAUGCUUUUGACAGCUCACCAUUUGCUAUUGCUUGCCUAGUCACAUCGUUGUAUCCAAUUUAUCCGACAGAGAAUAGUGAAUAUGAAAUACACUUGCAGGCUUUGAGACAUUUUUGGGCUUUGGCAAUACAACCUAGAUGCUUGAUCGUGCGAGAUAUCAGUACGGGCAGACCAUGCAAGAUUCCGGUUGCAAUAAACAUGAAGGAUGACUCAGUCAUAGAGAGUAUCUCACCUUGUCUACUUCCUGAUAUCAACGAGAUUCUAACUUUGAAAACAAACUCGAGUGCUCAUUUCGAAGUGAUUUUAGACUUUCUGCUUAAUUCCGAGGUUUUAGAAAAAUUCAAACAAUCUUUGACUUUGUAUGUUGAAAAAAGCAAUAAUCAUUCAGUUCUAAAACCAAAUGUGAGGUCAGUUUUACAGAAUUAUAGUCAACCAGUGAGACCAGAGGAGGAUACGACAGAUAUACUUAGUCCUCAAAUGUUAGACAAUCUUGAUGAAAAGGUUAAAGCAGCGUGGUAUCGUGAAAACACUAAUCACGUGGAGCUGGAUUUGCGUUCGUCCAGUGUACGUUCAGGAUUAUCGGUAUUCAACAUUAUUGACAACCAAUUGGAAUUGAUAAACAAUGCACAAACGCCAAAAUCCGUUGAAGAUAUAUGGAACCUCAAAUUAUUAUUUGAAUAUGCUAAUCAUAUUGCUCGAAAUAACAAAUUGAAUUACAUAUCUCUUGAGUUCAUUGAGGGAUUAAAACAUAAACUAUGGAGAGUUCGUAAUUAA